AUGAAUUCAAAGGUCAAAUUCAAAUCAGUUAAAAUGUAUGCAUGUGCGUGUGUGUGUGUGUGUGUGUGUGUGUGUAUGUGCGUGUGUGUGUGUGUGUAUGUGCGUGUGUGUGUGCGUGUGUGUGUGUGUGUGUGUGUGUGUGUGUGUGUGUAUGUGUGUGUGCGCACACAUAUAUGUAUACUGCAUGCAUAAAUGCCCUUUUCUGUUUUUCUGUGUGUAAAUGUGGUUCUCUGUAGCUCAACUGGUAGAGCAUGGCGCUUGUAACGCCAGGGUAGUGGGUUCGAACCCCGGGACCACCCAUACACAAAAAAUUAUGCAUGCAUGACUGUAAGUCGCUUUGGAUAAAAGCGUCUGCUAAAUGGCAUAUUAUUUAUUAUAAAUCCCAUUCUACAUGAAGCAAUGGUACAUGGUCCACUAUGUGGUCCUCUGUAGCUCAGCUGGUAGAGCACGGCGCUUGUAACGCUAAGGUAGUGGGUUCGAUCCUCGGGACCACCCAUACACAAAAAAAGAAAAUGUAUGCACGCAUGACUGUAAAUCGCUUUGGAUAAAAGUGUCUGCUAAAUGGCAUAUUAUUAUGUGAUGUAGCUCUCAUAACAGCCUGAUCCAAAUACAGCAGCAGUAGCGUAGAGUAUAGUCUAGUAUAGUCUAGUCCAGUCCAGUAUAAUCCAGUAUAAUCCAGUCCAGUAUAGUCCAGUCCAGUAUAGUCGAGUCUAGUCCAGUAUAGUCCAGUCCAGUAUAGUCCAGUAUAGUCCAGUAUAGUCGAGUAUAGUCUAGUCCAGUAUAGUCCAAUCCAGUAUAGUCCAGUAUAAUCCAGUCCAGUAUAGUCGAGUAUAGUCCAGUCCAGUAUAGUCCAGUAUAGUCUAGUCCAGUAUAGUCCAGUCCAGUCCAGUAUAGUCCAGUAUAGUCGAGUAUAGUCUAGUCCAGUCCAGUAUAAUCCAGUAUAAUCCAGUUGAGUAUAGUCUAGUCCAGUAUAGUCCAGUCCAGUAUAGUCGAGUCUAGUCCAGUAUAGUCCAGUCCAGUAUAGUCCAGUAUAGUCGAGUAUAGUCUAGUCCAGUAUAGUCCAGUCCAGUAUAGUCCAGUAUAGUCCAGUCCAGUAUAGUCCAGUCCAGUCCAGUAUAGUCCAGUAUAGUCCAGUAUAGUCCAGUCCAGUCCAGUCCAGUAUAAUCCAGUCCAGUAUAGUCCAGUAAAGUCGAGUAUAGUCCAGUCCAGUAUUGUCCAGUAUAGUCCAGUCCAGUCCAGUAUUGUCCAGUCCAGUAUAGUCCAGUAUAGUCUAGUCCAGUAUAGUCCAGUAUAGUCCAGUCCAGUCCAGUAUAAUCCAGUCCAGUAUAGUCCAUUAUAGUCGAGUAUAGUCUAGUCCAGUAUAGUCCAGUCCAGUAUAGUCCAGUCCAGUAUUGUCCAGUCCAGUAUAGUCCAGUCCAGUAUUGUCCAGUCCAGUAUAGUCCAGUAUAGUCCAGUAUAGUCCAGUAUAGUCCAGUAUAGUCUAGUCCAGUAUAGUCCAGUCCAGUAUUGUCCAGUCCAGUAUAGUCCAGUAUAGUCCAGUAUAGUCCAGUCCAGUAUAGUCCAGUAUAGUCCAGUCCAGUAUAGUCCAGUAUAGUCCAGUCCAGUAUAGUCCAGUAUAGUCUAGUCCAGUAUAGUCUAGUCCAGUGUAGUCAAGUCCAGUAUAGUCCAGCAUAGUCCAGUAUAGUCCAGUCCAGUAUAGUCCAGCAUAGUCCACUCCAGUAUAGUCCAGUAUAGUCCAGUAUAGUCCAGUCCAGUAUAGUCCAGUAUAGUCCAGUAUAGUCCAGUCCAGUAUAGUCCAGUAUAGUCCAGUCCAGUAUAGUCCAGUAUAGUCCAGUAUAGUCUAGUCCAGUAUAGUCCAGUCCAGUAUAGUCUAGUCCAGUAUAGUCCAGUAUAGUCCAGUCCAGUCCAUUAUAGUCCAGUUUAAUCCAGUCCAGUAUAGUCCAGCUUUUUACUAUCAUCCUUUAUAUAAUGUAUCUUUGUUCAAUAGUAUAGUUUGAAGCAGACCACCAUAGUCCCUGUGCCCAAGAACACUAAGGUAAUCUGCCUAAAUGACUACCAACCCGCAGCACUCAUGGCUGUAGCCAUGAAGUCAUUUGAAAGGCUGGUCAUGGCUCACAUCAACACUAUUAUCUCUACUGCGCUCCUCACUGCCCUUGCACACAUGGACAAAAGGAACACCUAUGUGAGAAUGCUUUUCAUUGACUACAGCUCAGCGUUCAACACCAUAGUGCCUUCAAAGCGCAUCACUAAGCUAAGGACCCUGGGACUAAACACCUCCCUCUGCAACUGGAUCCUGGACUUGACGGGCUGACCCCAGGUGGUAAGGGUAGGUAACAACACAUCCUCCACGCUGAUCCUCAACACGGGGGCCCCUCAGGGGCGCGUGCUCAGUCCCCUCCUGUACUACCUGUUCACUCAUGACCGCAUGGCCAGGCACGACUCCAACACCAUCAUUAAGUUUGCCGAUGACACAACAGUUGUAGGCUUGAUCACCGACAACGACAAGACAGCCUAUAGGGAGGAGGUCAGAGACCUGACCGUGUGGUGCCAGGCAACAACCUCUCCCUCAACGUGAUCAAGACAAAGGAGAUGAUUGUGGACUACAGGAAAAAGAAGGGGAGCGAGAACUCCCCCAUUCUCAUCAACGGGGCUGUAGUGGAGCAUGUUGAGAGCUUCAAGUUCCUUGGUGUCCACAUCACCAACAAGCUAACGUGGUCCAAACACACCAAGACAGUUGUGAAGAGGGCACGACAAAACCUAUUCCCCUUAAGGAGCCUGAAAAGAUUUGGCAUGGGUCCUCAGAUCCUCAAAAGGUUCUACAGCUGCACCAUCGAGAGCAUCCUGACUGGUUGCAUCACCGCCAGGUAUGGCAACUGCUCGGCCUCCGACCGCAAGGCUCUACAGAGGGUAGUGCGUACGGCCCAGUACAUCACUGGGGCCAAGCUUCCUGCCAUCCAGGACCUCUAUACCAGGCGGUGUCAGAGGAAGGCCCUAAAAAUUGUCAAAGACUCCAGCCACCCUAGUCAUAGACUGUUCUCUCUGCUACCGCAUGGCAAGCGGUACCGGAGCGCCAAGUCUAGGUCCAAGAGGCUUCUAAACAGCUUCUACCCCCAAGCCAUAAGAUUAAUAACUCUACCUACAUGUACAUAUUACCUCAAUUACCUCGACUAACCGGUGCCCCCGCACAUUGACUCGGUAUCGGUACCCCCUGUAUAUAGCCUCGCUACUGUUAUUUUACUGCUGCUCUUUAAUUAUUUGUUACUUUUAUUUCUUAUAAUUUUUUUAUUUAUUGUUUUGGGGGUAUUUUUGGGGGGUAUUCUUUCUUAAAAUUACAUUGUUGGUUAAGGGCUUGUAAGUAAGCAUUUCACUGUAAGGUCUACACCUGUUGUAUUCGGUGCAUGUGACAAAUACAAGUUGAUUUGAUUUGAUUUGAUCUGUUCUUCUUUUUGUUUAGUUUAGUUACAUGAUUUCUCAAUUUACUGUAUGUUUGCCAGUCUGCUGUGUUGUCAGACCUAUUUGCUAUUCCCAUUGCCUCAUCUCUCUCAGCCAUACAGUUUUUCAAGUACAGUUUAGUCCAGUAUAGUCCAGUCCAGUAAAGUCAAGUCCAGUAUAGUCCAGUGUAAUCCAGUCCAGUAUAGUCCAGUAUAGUCCAGUUCAAUAUAGUCCAGUACAGUCCGGUGUAGUCCAGUCCAGUAUAGUCCAGUAUAAUCAGUCCAGUAUAGUCCAGUUCAAUAUAGUCCAGUACAGUCCGGUGUAGUCCAGUCCAGUAUAGUCCAGUAUAAUCAGUCCAGUAUAGUCCAGUAUAAUCAGUCCAGUAUAGUCCAGUAUAAUCAGUCCAGUAUAGUCCAGUAUAAUCAGUCCAGCAUAGUCCAGUGUAAUCAGUCUAGUAUAGUCCAGUCCAGUCAGUAUAGUUCAGUCCAGUGUAGUCCAAUCCAUUAAAGUCCAGUCCAGGAUAGUCCAGUAUAUUCCAGUCCAGUCCAGUCCAGUAAAGUCCAGUCCAGUCCAGUUCAGCAGGCCUACUGUAUCUACAGUAUAUGAUGUUAUAUGUAAUUAGAGAGUUAGAGGAAACAAGCUGAGCCAUUUGACCUCGACCUCCCCACCGUGUACACACCUCCCAGUCAAUCUGUCUAAGAGUAUCACACCAAAUUAUUAAAGAGCAAACAAGAAGGCCCUUCCAUUAUUUAUACAUUACAGCAUAAUGAAGUUAGACUACACGGAGCUGGAAACUCUGACCCUAACCCGCUAAUAUCGAAACAGUGCUGUUGUUGGGUGCAGUAUUUUUUUUGCCUGAUUUAGAUGUGUUUCUGCUUAUAAUUUCCAACAUUUUGGUAGGUUGUUUGUUAGUCAACUUGUCUAUAAUUAGAUACAGUUGAAGUCGGAGGUUUACAUACACCUUAGCCAAUGUCACGGUUUCGGCCGAGGCUGCUCCUCUUCCUUGUUCGGGCAGGCUUCGGCGGUCGUCGUCUCCGGAGUACUAGCUGCCACCGUUCUAUGUUUCAUGUUCAUUUGGUUUUGUCUGUUCAUAACACCUGUCCCUUAUUUGUGUCUUAAUUGUUUCCCUAUUUAGUUUCGUGUGUGUGGGUCAGGUGUUAUGCGUGAUUGUUUUUGUCAGACUGCCUCUGUAAGGAUACCUUUCUCUCGUUGUUGGCUUGUCCCGAGAGUUCGCACUGCGUGCGCUUUUCUUGUGUAUUUCGCACCGUGUUUUGUGCGUAAUUGUUUUGCGCCACCCGGUUGGGUUGGCGACUAUUUUUGGGUUCACGUGUUGAACGUAUAUAUAAAAGACGGUUGAAGUCAUCCUGGUUCCUGCGCUUGAUUCCUUUCCACUCAUCUACACACACCACUCUGACAGAAUCACGCAUCAUAUCCAUGGAUUCAGCAGGAGCGACCGAGCCGACAGCCGAGAUGGCUGAACGUCUUCGUGGCCAGGAGGACCGCAUCAACCAGGUCUGUCAUGCCCUGGAGAGGGUGAUGAGUACUCUGCACCGAUGGGAGACCAGCGGGGUUCCCACACCUCCAGGAACCGAACCAGCCCCAUCAGUCAGCCCUCCUGUCUCAUCUCCGGAACCUAGUGGGAUUCGGCUCUCGCUCCCGAGGGCGUACGACGGCUCCACUGCCGGGUGUCAAGGGUUCCUGCUGCAGGUGGAGCUCUACCUCGCUACCGUACACCCGGCGCCCUCGGGACACGAGAGCGUCUCAGCCCUCAUCUCCUGUCUCACCGGCAAGGCGUUGGAGUGGGCCAACGCCGAGUGGAGGAGAAUGGACGCCGCUACCACGAACUAUGCGGAGUUUCUCCCGCCGCUUCCGUGCUGUGUUCGACCAUCCACCAGAGGGGAAGGCGGCGGGGGAGCGUCUGUUCUACCUCCGACAGGGGAUGAGGAGCGCCCAGGACUUUGCCUUGGAGUUUCGGACCCUAGCGGCUGAUGCAGGGUGGAAUGAGCGGGCCCAUAUCGACCAUUUCCGCUGCAGCCUCCGGGAGGACGUCCAGCGAGAGUUGGCGUGCAGGGACACUUCGUUGUCUUUCGACCAGCUUGUCGACAUGGCCAUCCGGCUGGAUACCCUGCUCGCCACCCGUGGACGUUCCGGGAGGGGGUUGCCCAUUCCACUCUCCAGCACCUCCGAGCCGAGCCCUAUGGAGCUCGGAGGUGCUGGCGCUAGGGAACGGAGGAGGAGGAGCCCGAGGGGACCCGGCCCUUGCACCAACUGUGGUCGUGGAGGGCACACCGCGGCUAGGUGUUGGGGCGGGUCCUCCAGUGAGGGAGAAGGCAGGUCACGCAUUGGGGGGUCCACCCAGGUGAGUAGGCGCCCUGCUUACCCAGAGCUUUCUGUCGUGCACCUAACCUUGCCUGUUUGUUUCCCACAGGUUGCACCUCGUUCCCAGCAUAAGGCGCUGGUAGAUUCAGGCGCAGCUGGGAAUUUUGUAGAUCGCCAGUUCUGUAUAGAGUUAGGGAUUUCCACCAUUUCCUUUUCCAAAAAGGGAUAAGGGGGGGGGGGCCUUUCCCCCGGGCCCCCAAUUUUUUGGGCCCCUUGGGGGGAAAUUUUGGGGGCCCCGUCCGGGGGGGUUUUAAGGGGGUGGGGGGUUAAAUUAGGGAGGGAAAACAGGCGCCCCCCUUUCGGGGGGUUUGCUGGGGGGAAAAGGGGAGGGAAAUUUGAAGGGAGAAAAAUUCCCCUCUACCCGGAAAGGGAACUCCUUUUUGCCUUUUUUUUAAAAAAUUUCCCCGUGGUUAGGUUAAAGUGUGGGUUUCCCCUUUGGUUGGGAAUUGGACUACGGGCCCCGGGGGUUUUUAAAUUGGGUUUUGGGAGGAAAAACUUUGGUGGGGGCCUUCAAGGAGGGGGGGGUUUGUUGGGACAAGGGGCCGCCCCUUCGGGUGGAGAGUAAUCUUUUGGGUUUGGAAAAUUCCCCCCUGGGGUUUAAAUCCUUCGUCUGGGCCGGAGUUUUCCGGGGCCCAUGGCGGGGGGUUUGUGGUUAAAUCCCAACGGGGAAGCCUCCCGGGAAGCCAGGGUCCCCUUUGGUGGGGGGAGAGGGGUUGGAGCAAAAACUUAUUUUCAAGCGGGAGAAAUGGGCCUUUUUCCCCCGAAGUUUCUUUUUUUGGGUUUACCAGUUGUAGGGUUCCGGGGUUUAAAGGAAGGGAAACAGGGGGUCCAAUUGUGCGAUUUGGGAGGACCCAACCACGUGGGGGGUUUCAACGGUUCUGGGGUUUUGCGAAAAUUAAUUAAGGAGGGUUUAAGGGGUUUUGGAAAAGGGCAGUUUCCCAUAAGUCUCCUGUUUAAAGGGGUGGGUGGUUUCCCGGUGGGGCAGGGAGGGGGAAGGGGUGGGAAGACGAAACCGGGGUUACCUCCCCGGGUGUUGGCUUUGGAACCCUUUCCGCCAAUUGGGGAGGGGGACGCCGUAAAGGGGCCCGGGGAAGGGGCCGUUUUUUCCCCAAGGGGUUUUUUGGGGUCCACCUAAAAAUCCGGUCCCGGUGGGGUGUUUCCCCCAAAGUAAGGGAAGUAAAUUUCCGGGGAGGGGAAUUUUUCCCGGGAGGAAGGGGUUUUGGAAGGGGGGGCCCCCAACCCUUUUAAAGGGGUGGGGCCUGGCCGGGGGGGGUAAAACCCCCUUCCCAUUUAAUAAAACCAUGGCCCUGGGAUUUUUUAAAACCCCCGGCCAAGUAGGGGGUAAACCCGCGCCAGGCCGGGAGGGGGCCGCCCCGGUUUGGAAAAAAUCCUACAUUGGGUCCCAAAAAGAAGGGGGAAAAAGGGGGCGGGGAGCUUGCCUGGCCGGUAAAAGGGGGGGAUUGGUGGGGGGGGCCAAACACCCCCCUUUUUUGCCUGGGUUUGGGGAAAGGGGGAUGGGAACCCCGAGCUGGGCCUUUUUUAAGCCCGGGGGAAACCCAUUCUUCCACGGGCCCCCGGGGAAAGGCGUACGUUGGGCUGAGGAGGAGGGCCCGGAUCCCCCCCUAAAUUUUUUGGGGUCAUAGAGAUCCUCUCCUCUGUGGCGGACUAGUCCGCUCGGUACGCGAUCGCCGCAGUGUUGGGCUCAUACGUUCACUGCCUCUAGCCAUCCGAAGUUCGGCGUGACAGUGCCUGCCAAGCACAAGUUGUGGCCACGUACUAGGGAUGUGAGGAUUUAUGUCUCCUCCUGUUCGGUGUGUGCCCAGUGUAAGGCGCCCAGACAUUUGCCCAGGGGUAAGUUACAACCCCUGCCUAUUCCACAACGGCCCUGGUCCCACCUCUCGGUGGAUUUUGUUACCGACCUUUCCCCCUCACAGGGGAAUACUACCAUCCUGGUCGUUGUGGAUCGGUUCUCUAAGGCCUGUCGUCUCUUCCCAUGCCGGGUCUACCCACGGCCCUACAGACCGCAGAGGCUCUGUUCACCCCAUGUCUUCCGGCAUUACGGGGUAACCCGAGGAUAUAGUGUCUGACCGAUGGCCCCCAGUUCACCUCUAGAGUGUGGAGAGCAUUUAUGGAACGGCUGGGGGUUUCGGUAAGCCUUACCUCGGGUUACCACCCGGAGAGUAAUGGGCAGGUUGAACGGGUCAACCAGGAUGUGGGUAGGUUUCUGAGGUCAUACUGUCAGGGCCGGCCGGAGGAGUGGGCGAGAUAUGUGCCCUGGGCCGAGAUGGCACAGAACUCUCUUCGCCACUCCUCCACCCAACUAACCCCUUUUCAGUGUGUAUUAGGGUACCAGCCGGUUCUGGCACCAUGGCAUGAGAGCCAGAUCGAGGCCCCCGCUGUGGAUGAGUGGGUGCGGCGCUCGGAGGAGACGUGGGACGCUGCACACGUCCAUCUGCAGCGUGCCAUACGUCGACAGAAGACGAGCGCCGACCUACACCGCAGUGAGGGGCCAGUAUACGCACCUGGAGAUCGAGUCUGGCUCUCAACCAGAAACCUGCCCCUCCGCCUGCCCUGCCGGAAGCUGGGUCGGCGGUUUGUGGGGCCAUUUAAAGUCCUGAGGAGAUUGAACGAGGUGAGUUAUAGGUUAGAACUACCUGUUGAUUACAAAAAUAUUAACCCCUCGUUCCAUGUGUCUCUCCUCAGGCCGGUGGUAGCUGGUCCACUCCAGGACUUUGAGAUUGAGGAGACUCCUCCGCCCCCCGUUGGACAUCGAGGGGGCUCCGGCGUACACCGUGAGGUCCAUCCUGGAUUCUAGACGCCGGAUGGGGGGUCUUCAAUAUCUCGUGGAGUGGGAGGGGUACGGUCCGGAGGAGCGGUGCUGGGUGCCAAGGAGGGACGUAUUGGACCAGUCCCUACUGACCGAUUUCCAUCGGGGUCAUCCUGCGCGCCCUGCUCCGCGUCGUCCGGGUCGUCCCCGAGCUCCGGGUCGGCGCACGGCUGGAGCCGCGCGUCAAGGGGGGGGUACUGUCACGGUUUCGGCCGAGGCUGCUCCUCUUCCUUGUUCGGGCAGGCUUCGGCGGUCGUCGUCUCCGGAGUACUAGCUGGCACCGUUCUAUGUUUCAUGUUCAUUUGGUUUUGUCCUGUUCAUAACACCUGUCCCUUAUUUGUGUCUUAAUUGUUUCCCUAUUUAGUUUCGUGUGUGUGGGUCAGGUGUUAUGCGUGAUUGUUUUUGUCAGACUGCCUCUGUAAGGAUACCUUUCUCUCGUUGUUGGCUUGUCCCGAGAGUUCGCACUGCGUGCGCUUUUCUUGUGUAUUUCGCACCGUGUUUUGUGCGUAAUUGUUUUGCGCCACCCGGUUGGGUUGGCGACUAUUUUUGGGUUCACGUGUUGAACGUAUAUAUAAAAGACGGUUGAAGUCAUCCUGGUUCCUGCGCUUGAUUCCUUUCCACUCAUCUACACACACCACUCUGACAGCCAACUACGUUUAAACUCAGUUUUUCACAAUUCCUGACAUUUAAUCCUAGUAAAAAUUCCCUGUCUUAGGUCAGUUAGGAUCACCACUUUAUUUUAAGAAUGUGAAAUGUCAGAAUAAUAGUAGAGAUAAUUAUUUAUUUCAGCUUUUAUUUCUUUCAUCACAUUCCCAGUGGGUCAGAAGUUUACAUACACUCAAUUAGUAUUUGGUAGCAUUGCCUUUAAGUUGUUCAACUUGGGUCAAACCUUUCGGGUAGCCUUCCACAAGCUUUCCACAAUAAGUUGGGUGAAUUUUGGCCCAUUCCUCCUGACAGAGCUGGUGUAACUGAGUCAGGUUUGUAGGCCUCCUUGCUCGCACACGCUUUUUCAGUUCUGCCCACACAUUUUCUAUAGGAUUGAGGUCAGGGCUUUGUGAUGGCCACUCCAGUACCUUGACUUUGCUGUCCUUAAGCCAUUUUGCCACAACUUUGGAAGUAUGCUUGGGGUCAUUGUCCAUUUGGAAGACCCAUUUGCGACCAAGCUUUAACUUCCUGACUGAUGUCUUUAGAUGUUGCUUCAAUAUAUCCAUAUCAUUUUCCUUCCUCAUGAUGCCAUCUAUUUUGUGAAGUACACCUGUCCCUCCUGCAGCAAAGCACCCCCACAGUAUGAUGCUGCCACCCCCGUUCUUCACGGUUGGGAUGGUGUUCUUUGGCUUGCAAGCGUCCCCCUUUUUCCUCCAAACAUAACAAUGGUCAUUAUGGCCAAACAGUUCUAUUUUUGUUUCAUCAGACCAGAGGACAUUUCUCCAAAAAGUACGGUCUUUGUCCACAUGUGUAGUUGCAAACCGUAGUCUGGCUUUUAUAUGACGGUUUUGGAGCAGUGGCUUCUUCCUUGCUGAGUGGCCUUUAAGGUUAUGUCGAUAUAGGACUCGUUUUACUGUGGAUAUAGAUACUUUUGUACCUGUUUCCUCCAGCAUCUUCACAAGGUCCUUUGCUGUUGUUCUGGGAUUGAUUUGCACUUUUCGCACCAAAGUACGUUCAUCUCUAGGAGACAGAACGCGUCUCCUUCCUGAGCGGUAUGACGGCUGCGUGGUCCAAUGGUGUUUAUACUUGCGUACCAUUGUUUGUACAGAUGAACGUGGUACCUUCAGGCGUUUGGAAAUGGCUCCCAAGGAUGAACCAGACUUGUGGAGGUCUACAAUUCAUUUUUCUGAGGUCUUGGCUGAUUUCUUUUGAUUUACCCAUGAUGUCAAGCAAAGAGGCACUGACUUUGAAGGUAGGCCUUGAAAUACAUCCACAGGUACACCUCCAAUUGACUCAAAUGAUGUCAAUUAGCCUAUCAGAAGCUUCUAAAGCCAUGACAUCAUUUUCUGGAAUUUUCCAAGCUCUUUAAAGGCACAGUCAACUUAGUGUAUGUAAACUUCUGACCCACUGGAAUUGUGAUACAGUGAAUUGUAAGUGAAAUAUCUGUCUGUAAACAAUUGUUGGAAAAAUUACUUGUGUCAUGCACAAAAUAGAUGUCCUGACCGACUUGCCAAUACUAUAGUUUUUAACAAGAAAUGUGUGGAGUGGUUGAAAAACAAGUUUGAAUGACUCCAACCUAAGUGUAUGUAAACUUCCGACUUCAACUGUACAUACAGCUUCUCUUCAGUCAUUAUAUGUUUCCUUAUAGAUAUAAAUUGCACAAUAAUUAUAUAUUUAUGGAUUUUUAAGGUAUUGUUUUCUCUUUAUUCAACCCGCCUGCCACCUACCUGCCCUUCAUCCACACAGUAUUUAAUGACCCUAAACCCGCCCUGUGUCUUUGUGUGUGCCAAUGCGCAAAUCUGUGUGUCUUGACUGACUUUUUGACUGACUGGCUGAAUGACUGGCUGACUCAUCACCAAAUGAAGAGCAUCCCAUGGGAAUCAACCCUCUGUAUUCACAAGGUGUUUGUGAGUUCCUAUUAAUCCCAUUGGGAAUUGAGAAUAUAUCUGCUAAUCAAGUUGGAUGUACAGUCAUUCUUUUCUCCUAUACAUUUACAUUUACAUUUACGUCAUUUAGCAGACGCUCUUAUCCAGAGCGACUUACAAAUUGGUGCAUUCACCUCAUAGCCAGUGGGAUAACCACUUUACAACCAUUUUAUUUUAUUUAUUUUUUUUCUUUGGGGUGGGGUAAGGGGGGGUAGAAGGAUUACUUUAUCCUAUCCCAGGCUAUAGGCUACAGUAGCCAUGCAAUACAAAUUGAUUUUAAAAAAGGACACAUUCAUUAUAAUAACCAAUUUGACAUUGGUCUGGAAAAUAAAAUCCUAUUAGCCUAUAAGGUUUAUCAUAGCAUUAUAGCACUUCAGUUUAAAUGUUAUUACCCGUUGGUAAUUCCGUGGGGGGGGAUUUCAUAGUAACACCGUUGGGGUUGCCUCCCGAGUGGCACAGUGGUCUAAGGCACUGCAUCACAGUGCUAGCCGUGCCACUAGAGAUCCUGGUUCGAAUCCAGGCUCUGUCGUAGCCGGCCGCGACCGGGAGACCCAUGAGGCGGUGCACAAUUGGCCCAGCGUCGUCCAGGGUAGGGGAGGGAAUGGCCGGCAGGGAUGUAGCUCAGUUGGUAGAGCAUGCCGCUUGCAACGCCAGGGUUGUGGGUUCGAUUCCCACGGGGGUCCAGUAUGAAAAAUUAAAAAAUAAAAUAAUGUAACUGUAAGUCGCUCUGGAUAAGAGCGUCUGCUAAAUGACUAAAAUGUAAAUGUAAAAAAUGGGGUGGAUUGAGGUUGGAGGAGGAGGGUUGAGCAGAUUAUGUUCUAUAUAUACAGUGGAGAAAUAAAGUAUUUAGUCAGCCACCAAUUGUGCAAGUUCUCCCACUUAAAAAGAUGAGAGAGGCCUGUAAUUUUCAUCAUAGGUACACGUCAACUAUGACAGACAAAAUGAGAAAAAAUAAUCUUAAUGAAUUUAUCUGCAAAUUAUGGUGGAAAAGAAGUAUUUGGUCAAUAACAAAAGUUUCUCAAUACUUUGUUAUAUACCCUUUGUUGGCAAUGACACAGGUCAAACGUUUUCUGUAAGUCUUCACAAGGUUUUCACACACUGUUGCUGGUAUUUUGGCCCAUUCCUCCAUGCAGAUCUCCUCUAGAGCAGUGAUGUUUUGGGGCUGUCGCUGGGCAACACAGACUUUCAACUCCCUCCAAAGAUUUUCUAUGGGGUUGAGAUCAAGAGACUUGCUAGGCCACUCCAGGACCUUGAAAUGCUUCUUACGAAGCCACUCCUUCGUUGCCCGGGCGGUGUGUUUGGGAUCAUUGUCAUGCUGAAAGACCCAGCCACGUUUCAUCUUCAAUGCCCUUCAAUGCCCUUGCUGAUGGAAGGAGGUUUUCACUCAAAAUCUCAUGAUACAUGGCCCCAUUCAUUCUUUGCUUUACACGGAUCAGUCGUCCUGGUCCCUUUGCAGAAAAACAGCCCCAAAGCAUGAUGUUUCCACCCCCAUGCUUCACAGUAGGUAUUGUGUUCUUUGGAUGCAACUCAGCAUUCUUUGUCCUCCAAACACGACGAGUUGGGUUUUUACCAAAAAGUUCUAUUUUGGUUUCAUCUGACCAUAUGACAUUCUCCCAAUCCUCUUCUUGAUCAUCCAAAUGCACUCUAGCAAACUUCAGACGGGCCUGGACAUGUACUGGCUUAAGCAGGGGGACACGUCUGGCACUGCAGGAUUUGAGUCCCUGGUGGCGUAGUGCGUUACUGAUGGUAGGCUUUGUUACUUUGGUCCCAGCUCUCUGCAGGUCAUUCACUAGGUCCCCCCGUGUGGUUCUGGGAUUUUUGCUCACCGUUCUUGUGAUCAUUUUGACCCCACGGGGUGAGAUCUUGCGUGGAGCCCCAGAUCGAGGGAGAUUAUCAGUGGUCUUGUAUGUCUUCCAUUUCCUAAUAAUUGCUCCCACAGUUGAUUUCUUCAAACCAAGCUGCUUACCUAUUGCAGAUUCAGUCUUCCCAGCCUGGUGCAGGUCUACAAUUUUGUUUCUGGUGUCCUUUGACAGCUCUUUGGUCUUGGCCAUAGUGGAGUUUGGAGUGUGACUGUUUGAGGUUGUGGACAGGUGUAUUUUAUACUGAUAACAAGUUCAAACAGGUGCAAUUAAUACAGGUCACGAGUGGAGGACAGAGGAGCCUCUUAAAGAAGAAGCUACAGGUCUGUGAGAGCCAGAAAUCUUGCUUGUUUGUAGGUGACCAAAUACUUAUUUUCCACCAUAAUUUGCAAAUAAAUUCAUAAAAAAUCCUACAAUGUGAUUUUCUGGAGAAAAAAAUUCUCAAUUUGUCUGUCAUAGUUGAUGUGUACCUAUGAUGAAAAUUACAGGCCUCUCUCAUAUUUUUAAGUGGGAGAACUUGCACAAUUGGUGGCUGACUAAAUACUUUUUCCCCCCCACUGUAUUUAUAAUCAUGAUAAAGCAGCCGACUAUGCUAUAUAUAUUUAUAACCAUGGUAAAGCAGCCGACUAUGCCAUAUAUAUUUAUAAUCAUGGUAAAGCAGCCGACUAUGCCAUAUAUAUAUUUAUAAUCAUGGUAAAGCAGCCGACUAUGACAUAUAUAUUUAUUACCAUGGUAAAGCAGCCGACUACGCCAUAUAUACAUGAAUCAUGAUAAAGCAGCUUAUGGCUGAUCAGGGCCAUUUAGGAGCCAAGGUUAUAUCCUGGAUAGGUGUGCCAGCAAUCACCUGGCGACAAACAUAACAUAUCAACAUGCGAGGCGAGUGUUGCGAUUUGACACGUAAUCAUCUGCCCAGCGCAGCACAGUGGGCUCCUUGGGCUAUAUGGGAUAAGAUAUGAGGUGUUUAUGGAGGAGCUUCUAUGAUGUGUCUCCUGUGGAUUCUCCAUGGGGGAGUGUUGGGUGUAGAUCUGAAUGUCCAUAUUUUCUAAGGUCAACCUCAUCCUGCAAACCUAAAAAGCCUCAUCCCAAAAUCAGCCUACAUCCUAAGACACCUCUUCUUGCCCUGAAAUAAUUUAAUGGUUGGAAGCAAGAUGUGGUGAUUCAGUGGACAACAUGGUGUUUUGCUGCAUCACUCUCUCAGAUGGCAGGAUGGCAUGGACGGUGUGUUUUAAAGGACAAGUGUAGCAGAGCAGAAAAUAGAAAAGCCAGACACCUAAUUACACCUGUCACAGCGGGCACCAGGCAUGGCGAGACGGGCACGGGGCAUAGGGGGUGGAGAGGGGCAGGCAAAGGGGGUCCAGUCCAGGGCUGCGUCGCCUCCAACUCCCAUCCUCAAACACACACGCAUGCACACACACACAUAUGGAUGCAUCUCAGAACCAUACAACAUUGUCAACUUUGAUUGAUGCUGGCUGCAGAAUGGACGGUUAUCAAGAAACAGAUGAAUGACAUGAUAAUUAAUUGAUUUGGAUUGAUUUGAUUGAUGUGUUGCUACAACAGCUAUGAGCCGUUGGAGAAACAGAGAGAGAACCGUCUCAGGUAAACAAUGCAUUUUAGGUCUAGGACAGGGGUGUCAAACAUACGACGUGGAGGAAAUAUAACUAACUUUAAGUGCAUUGUAGACCGAAUGUGGCCCCUGGGGAAAAUGUGUAAUGUUACUUUGAUAGGCUCUAUCAAAUCACAGAAAGGGUUUCAUUUAUGAAGCUCAUGUCAGGAUAUGGAAAAUAUCUCAAUUUGACUACAAAAUGAUGUUUGUAAUCAUUACACAAUGGUAAUUAAAUUCUAUGAUGAAACUGCAUGCACAGUUGACAUUUACUAAACUGAGGAAAAGUGGCCCUGUGUCUAAGGGACCAUGGUUGCUGUGUGCACUUUAAUCAAACAAGCGCACACACUUUCACGCACACAUGCAUCUGCAAAUGCAGGCAGGCACGAACACAAGCACGGAUGCAUAGACACACACUCACACAUACACACACACACACUAAAACCACACAGCACUACAACCCAGAGGAGUAGGUUCUCUUGUUUAACAUGGAGAUCUCCGGUUCCUGUUGGAGGCUGACAUUUAUACCGGGCCCAAAUCACUCCUGCUGUUUACAUUUCUAGUGUUACACAUCUGGCCCCUCACCGUCCACACUGCCUCAACGCUCCCGCUUACAGGAACCAAACCUGCAUGCUAGCUUUAUCUAGUCUUUUUAUCCAGCUGUAUGGUUUACUUUAAGAUAAUGUUGUUUGUGACUAAGUUUUCAAUCAACGUGAAAGUAAUAACAUCUUAAUGACUCCAGUCAUACUAAACAGAAGGACAAGGCUUUAUUCAAACUAAUCUCCCUCUCUCCUCCUCCCAGGUACUCAACCUCUUCCUAGCCUUGCUGCUCAGUUCGUUCAGCUCGGACAACCUCUCGGCGCCCGAUGACGAUGGCGAGAUGAACAACCUGCAGAUCGCUCUUGGCCGCAUCAAAAGCGGCAUGGGCUGGCUCCGAAGCCAGGUUGGAUUUGUUUUUUAUUUAAUAAUUAUGAUCUACUUUUUUUUUACUAUAUAGUGUGGACAAUUACAUAGAUUCAAGGUAAGAUAUGACACGAAAUGUACUAUGGGGCAAAAUAAAACAACCAAUAACAACCAAACAAACAAAUUAAUCACACAAAAAAUUCAAAUACAUGCAAAAAUACAAGUUCAUCACAUCUUCUAAACGUAGUUCAUUACUUCAUUGUAGAUCUGCGACUACUUCAACGGCAACUUCAAGCGGCGACGGCAGAAGAGCAAAGAAACAAAGGCCAUGCUGAAGCUCAAGAGGCUGAGCCACGGUGCUCCGCUUGGCGAGGUGGGCAACGGGACAGCGGUGACGGUGGGGGGAGGGAUCGGGGUGAUCGGGCGCCACGGAGAGCAGAUUAUGGUCCCGGAGGUGGAUGACAGCUACAUGACCAACCCCAAUCUGACCAUCAGUGUGCCCAUCGCUUCUGGCGAGUCAGAUGUGGAGUUCCCCGAGGAGGAUGAUGAAGAUGAGGAUGAGAGCGAGAGCUCGGAGGAGGAGGAGGAGGAAGAGGAGGAAGAGAGCAAGCAGGUAGGAUGGGUUGGUGGUAGUGAUGUGUACUGAAACUGGAAAGUCUAUAACAAUAUCAGUUGCAUCUUUGCGAUACGAGCCAUUAAGAUAUUGUUAUCUCAUCAUAAGCUAGGUUUCCACCCAACUGGCGAAAUAUUUUCAUACGAAUAUUCUAAAAUCUGCAUUAAAACAAUUGACUUGUUGCGGAUAAAAGGCUUUGCGUGAUGACGUGGUAACUUUUGCGGUUAAAUUCCCCUGUACUGAAUAAAAAAUACAAGUUAAAUGGGUUUCCAUCGCGUUUUCAACUCUACAGAUGGUUUUGUCACACAAAAAGGUUGCGUUUUAUAGCAACCCCGAGCACUACACAGCUGAUUCAAAUAACCAACUCAUCAUCAAGCUUUCAUUAUUUGAAUCAGCUGUGUAGUGCUAUUUAUUGGAAAGGAGCAUCAAGCUCAUCACCUUUCACUUUCACCACCCUGUGUAGUUCAUCAUAACUUCUUUGAUCAGUAGCCUAAUAAACUGCAUGUCCUCCCGAGUCGUAGUGGAAGGACCACACAACAUGUCAUCAAGUGACUCCAAGUUUACUUCGAUAUAUGAUGGUUAUCAUAUUAAUAUUUUGUGCAUAAAAGCGCUUCCAUCGUCAUUUCUCGCAUAAAUCAUUUUACAGACACAAAAAGAUCCCACCUUGUCUGGCAUAUUUUAUUUUGUCGAAAUUUGCUGUUUCAAUCAGGCCUGUCGUUAUAUUUUUGUACUUUACGCGCAUAAGAAGGUUGGAUGGAAACCUGGUUAGUAAGGCUAAUAUUGUCUACUUUAUAGUGAUGCUCCAGAGGUUUUGUAUCAUUUCAGCCAGUAGUUUUGCAAGUAUUGCUCAUGAGCAAAAAUGGGGCCCCGAAAAUUGUGCAGAAUUGUAUUCUACGUCCAUCCAUUUUGUAUGAUAUGUUACGUACUGCAAAAAAAUUAAAAAAUAAAAGAUAAAUUCCAAUUCGUAUGAUAUGUUCCGAAUUCUAAUUCGUACAAUAUGUUACGAAUUUGUAAAUGCUUAAGAUCCCGGACUACAUCUUUAAUUAGUGAUUGACUCCAGAGUGCAGACUGCUGGAAGGUAUGGAAUCAUGACAGAGUUGGUAUUUUUUCAUUCUACAGCAUGGGGAUGGGCAACUUUGAUGGGGGUGGGAGCCACAAAAAAUCUGCAGUUGAUCGCGGGUCUGCGUACCCAAAUGUGCAUAACCCCCCACCACAUUGCAAGCAAAACAUUUUAGCAGCCCCCUUCUUGACAGCGGAGAGACAUUUUGUAAGUUUUAGUGUUCAUUUCGUGCAUACACAUUUUGCCAUUGUGUGUAGAGAAUAUAUUGCAGUUUUAAAGCAAGUUUGCUGCAAUUCUACACAUUUUGCUAUGUGGCAGGGAAGAAGAUUUUGCAAUUUUAUAAUUAAUUUCAUGCAAUUCUACACAUUUUGACAUAGGGUGGAGAGAAUGUUUGUAGUUUUUAAUAUGAUAUCUGAGUGAGACUGACGAACAAAAUCCAUGGGGCCCCCCCGGAUGGUAAUUCGAACAUGAUUACUAAGUCUACUAACUAACUUACCAAUAAAAAAUAAAGAUAGCUGACAUGGGCUAAUUGAGUGACUAUCAGUGACUGACAUAACAAGAGAAAAAUGUUUAAUGCACAACAACAUUUCGAAAUUGCAACUUGCGUAUUCUACUAUUCAAACUUGCAACAGUAAGUUGAGACCCCGACUAAGUUUCAAAAAUAUAUAUACAGUAUAUAUACAGUACCAGUCAACAGUUUGGACACUCCUACUCAUUCCAGGGUUUUUCUUAAUUUGUACUAUUUUCUACAUUGUGAAAUAACACAUAACCAAAAAAGUGUUAAACAAAUCAAAAUAUAUUUUACAUUUGAGAUUCUUUAAAGUAGCCACCCUUUGUCUUGAUGACUGCUUUGCACACACAAAUAUAGAAAAACCCUUGAAUGAGUAGGUGUGUCCAAACUUUUGACUGGUUCUGUAUCUUUUUACAUUUAAAACAUUUAUUGAUCUGAGGGCCUGUGGCCCGCAGGACGCCAUUUGCCCAUCAAAUCAAAUCAAAUCAAAUCAAAUCAAAUUUUAUUGGUCACAUGCGCCGAAUACAACAGGUGCAGACAUUACAGUGAAAUGCUUACUUACAGCCCUUAACCAACAGUGCAUUUAUUUUAAACAAAAAAAGUAAAAAAAAUAAAACAACAACAAAAAAAAGUGUUGAGAAAAAAAAAGAGCAGAAGUAAAAUAAAGUGACAGUAGGGAGGCUAUAUAUACAGGGGGGUACCGUUGCAGAGUCAAUGUGCGGGGGCACCGGCUAGUUGAGGUAGUUGAGGUAAUAUGUACAUGUGGGUAGAGUUAAAGUGACUAUGCAUAAAUACUUAACAGAGUAGCAGCAGCGUAAACAUUGUCAUGUGUGCUUGUCUCUUACAUUGGCUCGCUCAUGAAAUGGUAGAACUGUGCUGUUUAUUGUGUCUACUAAUUGAGGAUCAGAUAGAUUAAUGAAUUAUUCUAGUCCUCACUCUCUCUAUCUCUCUAUCUCUAUCUCUAUCUCUAUCUCUAUCUCUCUCUCUCUCUCUCUCUCUCUCUUCUCUCUCUCUCUCUCUCUCUCUCUCUCUCUCUCUCUCUCUCUCUCUCUCUCUCUCUCUCUCUCUCUCUCUCUCUCUCUCUCUCUCUCUCAUAUCUUUCUCUCUCUCUCUGGCCUGAGAGGUUGCUUAGCCAGGCUAAUAACUGCCUGUUGGAAAGACUGGAGAGAGCGCCUUAGAUGGAGAGAGAAAAGCCUUCUCUCUUUCUUGCUCCCUCUAUCUCUCAUGCUCUCCUCCCUCCUCCCUCACUCCAUCCCUCUCUCUCUGUCUCUCUCUCUGUCUCUCUCUCUCCCUCUUUCUCCCCCACUCUCUCUCUCCCUCUCACCCCCCCCCCCCCCUCUCUCCCUCUCUCUCCCUCUCUAUCCCUCUCUCCGUCUGAAGUGAGCCGCUUCAAACCCACGCACAAAGGCUAUUUUCCUCCAGUGUAAUUUGGCCCAGAGCGGACUCUUCCCAAAAUGGAUACCCUGUCCAAUUUUACCCCUUUCUAAAGAUGUAUACUACUAUUUUGGCAAUUGGGUCCUUCUUCCAUUUGGUAACAAUGGCCCUCUAUAUUUCCGCCCAAUCAGGAAUAUGGAAUUAGAUCCUUAAGGGCAAAGUGCAUUUGUUUGCCUGCAUUUGUUUUUCACUUGACAGUGUCUGUGUGUCACGUCUCCUCCCGUUGCUCCCCUCCGGCGCUCUGAUUCGCCAGUCUACUGAGCCACCGGUCUGAGCGCACCACCUCGACAACACCGGAAUGGAAACCCAACGCACCCUAAUCACCUCCUGCGCACCUGCACCUCAUCAUCUCAUCACCACGCCUAUAUAGCCCUGGACUGUUCAGUGUUGGGUUGUGUGUGUUUGUUAGUGUCUUGUCGUGUACUCGCUCUCUUUGUUGUUCUCUUGCUCAGUGUUAAGUAAACCUUUACAUUGUUCAUUCCUGCGUCUUCGUCCUGCCUCUUCGUAUCCUCAGUACUCGUCACACUGUGUCUGCAUCCAUUAAAAUGGGACGAUUUAAAGAUAGAUUGUGUGACGUUACUUUGUUGUCUGGGGGUUAGGGUUACUUUCAAAUAUUCAUUUAUAUUGAUAAGGAGGCAUGUGAAAUGAGCCAGGCUCCUUGAAUAAAUGUAAAACUGUAAUUUAACUUGUUAAAAUAGUUGAGAGAGGGAGAGAGGGCUCGGCCUACCACCGGUGUGUACUACAUGAUUUGCAAUCGUAUAUAGAACAGUUUGUAAAUGUUUAUGGGAACAUGAUACAGCAUUACCAACAGGUAAACAGAGCUGACUGGUUUGUCUCUUUGCACACCUGUGCUCCAAUUAGUUUUAAGUGAGCGGUCACAUCUUGCCCACCUGCUUUAAUCUUACUACGCACCUGUCUUCUCACCUUCCCUUGUUCUCUCUUUCUCUCUUAUCUCUUCACUCACUCCAUCUUCGUACACCUGCCCGUCCACCCACUCACUCUGUUUUAUCUUUCCCUACACCUGCCUCUCUCAACAACCGGUUCUAUAGAUGUCUCCCAUGGAGGAUAUAUCAGGUUUCCACAUUUGUGAAAUGUUCCAUAAACGUUUGCUGUUGCUCACUGUGUAUAUUAUCAUGGUGGUGUGCCGUUCCGUCCAUUCCCCUAGCCAGUUUUCCCAUGCAUACGUGGAUUUGACCCACAAGGGAAAACAUGGCAUAAAAAUCGACCAUCUGCAUCUAUUAAUGUAACCGUGGCCUCAGAUGUGUGCCUGUCGCUAUCCCUUGUCGGGAAAAGGGCAGCGAGAGAGAAUGUUGCCCUGAAACAUUAGUUAGCACAUAAAGGUUCAUCAGAAACAUUCAAAACAGGGCAGGUGGUGAUGUUGUGGAUGUUUAUGUACAGUCGUUUUUGAGAAUGACACAAGUAUUGGUCUUCACAAAGUUUGCUGCUUCAGUGUUUUUAGAUAUUUUUGUCAGAUGUUACUAAGGUAUACUGAAGUAUAAUUACAAACAUUCCAUAAGUGUCAAAGGCUUUUAUUGACAAUUACAUUAAGUUUAUGCAAAGAGUCAAUAUUUGCAGUGUUGACCCUUCUUUUUCAAGACCUCUACAAUCCGCCCUGGCAUGCUGUCAAUUAACUUCUGGGCCACAUCCUGACUGAUGGCAGCCCAUUCUUGCAUAAUCAAAGCUUGGAGUUUGUCAGAAUUUGUGGGUUUUCAAUUGUCCACCCGCCUCUUGAGGAUUGACCACAAGUUCUUAAUGGGAUUAAGGUCUGGGGAGUUUCCUGGCCAUGGACCCAAAAUGCCAAUGUUUUGUUCCCCGAGCCACUUAGUUAUCACUUUUGCCUUAUGGCAAGGUGCUCCAUCAUACUGGAAAAGGCAUUGUUCGUCACCAAACUGUUCUUGGAUGGUUGGGAGAAGUUGCUCUCGGAGGAUGUGUUGGUACCAUUCUUUAUUCAUGGCUGUGUUCUUAGGCAAAAUUGUGAGUGAGCCCACUCCCUUGGCUGAGAAGCAACCCCACACAUGAAUGGUCUCAGGAUGCUUUACUGUUGGCAUGACACAGGACUGAUGGUAGCGCUCACCUUGUCUUCUCCGGACAAAGUGUUUUCCGGAUGCCCCAAACAAUCGGAAAGGGGAUUCAUCAGAGAAAAUUACUUUACCCCAGUCCUCAGCAGUCCAAGCCCUGUACCUUUUGCAGAAUAUCAGUCUGUCCCUGAUGUUUUUCCUGGAGAGAAGUGGCUUCCUCGCUGCCCUUCUUGACACCAGGCCAUCCUCCAAAAGUCUUCACCUCACUGUGCAUGCAGAUGCACUCACACCUGCCUGCUGCCAUUCCUGAGCAAGCUCUGCACUGGUUGUGCCCCGAUCCCGCAGCUGAAUCAACUUUAGGAGACGGCCUUCUUCACAACAAUUGAACCUCUCUCCUUGAAGUUCUUCAUGAUCUGAUAAAUGGUUGAUUUAGGUGCAAUCUUACUAGCAGCAAUAUCCUUGCGUGUGAAGCCCUUUUUGUGCAAAGCAAUGAUGACGGCACGUGUUUCCUUGCAGGUAACCAUGGUUAACAGAGGAAGAACAAUGAUUUCAAGCAUCACCCUCCUUUUAAAGCUUCCAGUCUGUUAUUCUAACUCAAUCAGCAUGACAGAGUGAUCUCCAGUCUUGUCCUCGUCAACACUUUCACCUGUGUUAACGAGAGAAUCACUGACAUGAUGUCAGCUGGUCCUUUUGUGGCAGGGCUGAAAUGCAGUGGAAAUGUUUUUUUGGGAUUAAGUUCAUUUUCAUGGCAAAGAGGGACUUUGCAAUUAAUUGCAAUUCACCUGAUGGCUCUUCAUAACAUUCUGGAGUAUAUGCAAAUUGCCAUCAUAAAAACUGAGGCAGCAGACUUUAUGAAAAUUUAUAUUUGUGUCAUUCUCAAAACUUUUGACCACGACUGUAGUCGUAUGUACGUGUAUGUUUUCCAUUGUAAAAAAAUUAAGAAUCAUCUAAAACAUUGGAAAUGAAGAGUUCCAUAUAAAUUAGGUUAGCAGCUGAAAACAAAGCGUCUCUGCUCUAGUUUUUGCUGUGGAGAGUAUGUGCAGCGGAGGCAGUCACAACUCCUUAACGUCAAAGUGUGGCUGGGGGGUUGUGAGAGAACAACAGACCCGGACAAAUCUCCUAUAUGAGCUGUUAUGCCACUGCCGGUUGAAAGACUGGGAAAAUGUAGAUGCCAUGUUUUAACCUCUGACCCCCACCUUACCUCUUUCUCAGUCAACAGCCUGUCUGUCUGAUUCAUCACACACAGGGGCCAAGCCCCGGACCACUUUUUACACCUCGGAGGGUAGGGUGUGUAUAUGUGUGUGAUAAGCGUAUGUGUGUGUGUUUGUGAGUGUGAGUGUGUGUGUGUGUAUGUGAGUGUGUGUGUGUAUGUGAGUGUUUGUGUGAGUGUAUAUGUGAGUGUGUGUGUGUGUGUGCGUGUGUGUGUAUGUGAGUGUGUAAGUGUAUGUGAGUGUGUGUGUGUGUACGUGCGUGUGUGAGUGUGUACGUGCGUGUGUGAGUGUGUACGUGCGUAUGUGAGUGUUUACGUGCGUAUUUGAGUGUGUAUGUGAGUGUGUGUGUACGUGAGUGUGUAAGUAUGUGAGUGUGUGUGUGUGUGUGUGUACGUGUGUGUGUAUGUGAGUGUGUGUGUGUAUGUGAGUGUGUGAGUGUGUAUGUGAGUGUAGGUGUGUGUACGUGUGCGUGUGUGUAUGUGAGUGUGUGUGUGUACGUGAGUGUGUGUGUGUACGUGAGUGUGUGUGUGUGUGUGUGUGUGUGUGUGUGAGUGUGUGUGUACGUGCGCGCGCGUGUGUGUGUGUGUGUGUACGUGCUCGUGUGUACGUUUUUGUAGUGCCUGGAGCUGUUGUUGACCAUUGAUUCAUUGUACAUCAUAAGCAUAGCUUGUAAAGUCAACUCCGUCGCUAAUGACUUGAUAUUGUAUUAGCGGGAAGCCUAUGUUGAUUAUCCCACUAACAAGGUUAUUGUGCAAAGCUAAUCCUGUUAAAAUGAGUGUGGAGCUAAACAUAGAGAGACCAUGCUCACGUUACAGUGCUACACUUCCUGCCAUUGUGCUUCACUUUUACUUCUGCUAAACCCAACGGGAAAUACCUCAGCAUGCUCCAGAUAGAACUUGUGAUUUGAUUGGGUUUAACUAGUAAACUAGUUUAAACUUUCAAUCAUGUUCAUUUCAGUGCUAGUAAAUUAUACAAUUUUCACGUUAUUGGCAAUUCACAGUUCAGUAAUUUCAAACUUUCUGAUUACCAAAGUAAUAGCAUGAAAUGAAGCUACUGAAUGUAUUGGCCAUCCAUUCUAAGUGGCGUAGUAGUACGUACAGUUGAAGUCGGAAGUUUACAUACACCUUAGCCAAAUACAUUUAAACUCAGUUUUUCACAACUCCUGACAUUUAAUCCUAGUAAAAAGUCCCUGUUUUAGGUCAGUUAGGAUCACCACUUUAUUUUAAGAAUGUGAAAUGUAGAGAGAAUGAUUUAUUUCAGCUUUUACUUCUUUCAUCACAUUCAAAGUGGGUCAGAAGUUUACAUACACUCAAUUAGUAUUUGGUAGCAUUGACUUUAAAUUGUUUAACUUGGGUCAAACGUUUCGGGUAGCCUUCCACAAGCUUCCCACAAUAAGUUGGGUGAAUUUUGGCCCAUUCCUCCUGACAGAGCUGGUGUAACUGAGUCAGGUUUGUAGGCCUCCUUGCUCGCACACGCUUUUUCAGUUCUGCCCACAAAUGUUCUAUAGGAUUGAGGUCAGGGCUUUGUGAUGGCCACUCCAAUACCUUGACUUUGUUGUCCUUAAGCAAUUUGCCACAACUUUGGAAGUAUGCUUGGGGUCAUUGUCCAUUUGGAAGACCCAUUUACGACCAAGCUUUAACUUCCUGACUGAUGUCUUGAGAUGUUGCUUCAAUAUAUCCACAUAAUUUUCCUUCCUCAUGAUGCCAUCUAUUUUGUGAAGUGCACCAGUCCCUCCUGCAGCAAAGCACCCCCACAGCAUUAUGCUGCCACCCCCGUACUUCACGGUUGGGAUGGUGUUCUUUGGCUUGCAAGCGUCCCCCUUUUUUCUCCAAACAUAACGAUGGUCAUUAUGGCCAAACAGUUAUAUUUUUGUUUCAUCAGACCAGAGGACAUUUCUCCAAAAAGUGCGAUCUUUGUCACCUUGUGCAGUUGCAAACCGUGGUCAGGUUUUUUAAUGCAGGUUUUGGAGCAGUGGCUUUUUCCUUGCUGAGCGGCCUUUCAGGUUAUGUCGAUAUAGGACUCGUUUUACUGUGGAUAUAGAUACUUUUGUACCCAUUUCCUCCAGCAUCUUCACAAGGUCCUUUGCUGUUGUUCUGGGAUUGAUUUGCACUUUUCGCACCAAAGUACUUUCAUCUCUAGGAGACAGAACGCGUCUCCUUCCUGAGCGGUAUGACGGCUGCGUGGUCCCAUGGUGUUUAUACUUGCGUACCAUUGUUUGUAGAGAUGAACGUGGUACCUUCAGGCGUUUGGAAAUUGCUCCCAAGGAUGAACCAGACUUGUGGAGGUCUACAAUUUUUUUUCUGAGGUCUUGGCUGAUUUCUUUUGAUUUUCCCAUGAUGUCAAGCAAAUAGGCACUGAGUUUGAAGGUAGGCCUUGAAACACAUCGACAGGUACACCUCCAAUUGACUCAAAUGAUGUCAAUUAGCCUAUCAGAAGCUUCUAAAGACAUGACAUCAUUUUCUGGAAUUUUCCAAGCUGUUUAAAGGCACAGUCAACUUAGUGGAUGUAAACUUCUGACCCACUGGAAUUGUGAUGCAGUGAAUUAUAAGUGAAAUAUUCUGUUUGUAAACAACUGUUGGAGAAAUUACUUGUGUCAUGCACAAAGUAGAUGUCCUAACCGACUCGCCAAAAUUAUAAUUUGUUAACAAGAAAUGUGUGGAGUGGUUGAAAAACAUGUUUUAAUGACUCCAACCUAAGUGUAUGUAAACAUCCGACUUCAACUGUAUCAGGGGUACAAACAUCACGGGCAGCAAUGUGUCGUUGUCAUGGAGAAGAGCAGAAAGUGAGAGGUACAGUGAGGGAAAAAAUUAUUUGAUCCCCUGCUGAUUUUGUAUGUUUGCCCACUGACAAAGAAAUGAUCAGUCUAUAAUUUUAAUGGUAGGUUUAUUUGAACAGUGAGAGACAGAAUAACAACAAAAAAAUCCAGAAAAACGCAUGUCAAAAAUGUUAUAUAAAUUGAUUUGCAUUUUAAUGAGGGAAAUAAAUUUUUGACUCCCUCUCAAUCAGAAAGAUUUCUGGCUCCCAGGUGUCUUUUAUACAGGUAACGAGCUGAGAUUAGGAGCACACUCUUAAAGGGAAUGCUCCUAAUCUCAGUUUGUUACCUGUAUAAAAAACACCUGUCCACAGAAGCAAUCAAUCAAUCAGAUUCCAAACUCUCCACCAUGGCCAAGACCAAAGAGCUCUCCAAGGAUGUCAGGGACAAGAUUGUAGAACUACACAAGGCUGGAAUGGGCUACAAGACCAUCGCCAAGCAGCUUGGUGAGAAGGUGACAACAGUUGGUGCUAUUAUUCGCAAAUGGAAGAAACACAAAAGACCUGUCCCUCGGCCUGGGGCUCCAUGCAAGAUCUUACCUCGUGGAGUUGCAAUGAUCAUGAGAACGGUGAGGAAUCAGCCCAGAACUACACAGGAGGAUCUUGUCAAUGAUCUCAAGGCAGCUGGGACCAUAGUCACCAAGAAAACAAUUGGUAACACAUUACGCCAUGAAGGACUGAAAUCCUGCAGCGCCCGCAAGGUCCCCCUGCUCAAGAAAGCACAUAUACAGGGCUGUCUGAAGUUUGCCAAUGAACAUCUGAUUGAUUCAGAGGAGAACUGGGUGAAAGUGUUGUGGUCAGAUGAGAUCAAAAUCGAGCUCUUUGGCAUCAACUCAACUCGCCGUGUUUGGAGGAGGGGGAAUGCUGUCUAUGACCCCAAGAACACCAUCCCUACCGUCAAACAUGGAGGUGGAAACAUUUUGCUUUGCGGGUGUUUUUCUGCUAAGGGGUCAGGACAAGUUCACCGCAUCAAAGGGAUAAUGGACGGGGGCAUGUAUCGUCAAAUCUUGGGUGAGAACCUCCUUCCCUCAGCCAGGGCAUUGAAAAUGGGUCGUGGAUGGCUAUUCUAGCAUGACAAUGACCCAAAACACACGGCCAAGGCAACAAAGGAGUGGCUCAAGAAGAAGCACAUUAAGGUCCUGGAGUGGCCUAGCCAGUCUCCAGACCUUAAUCCCAUAGAAAAUCUGUGGAGGGAGCUGAAGGUUCGAGUUGCCAAACGUCAGCCUCGAAACCUUAAUGACUUGGAGAAGAUCUGCAAAGAGGAGUGGGACAAAAUCCCUCCUGAGAUGUGUGCAAACCUGGUGGCCAACUACAAGAAACGUCUUACCUCUGUGAUUGCCAACAAGGGUUUUGCCACCAAGUACUAAGUCAUGUUUUUCAGAGGGGUCAAAUACUUAUUUCCCUCAUUAAAAUGCAAAUAAACGAUUUUUAUUUAUUUAUUAUGUCUCUCACUGUUCAAAUUAACCUACCAUUACAAUUAUAGACUGAUCAUGUCUUUGUCAGGGGGCAAACGUACAAAAUCAGCAGGGGAUCAAAUACUUUUUUCCCUCACUGUAUGAGUGUCGGUUCCGAGGCUCGGGUCCUCCAGGGACCAACGGUUGUGUAACGCCGCACAGCUGUGUCCGAGCGCAACCACGGCAAAAACCGGGGCUGCCUCAGAUCCCGUAGCCGGCCGCGACCGGGAGAUCCAUGGGGCGGCGCACAAUUGGCCCAGUGUCGUCCAGGGUAGGGGAGGGAAUGGCUGGCAGGGAUGUAGCUCAGUUGGUAGAGCAUGGCAUUUGCAACGCCAGUGUUGUGGGUUCGAUUCCCACAGGGGGCUAGUAUAUAAAAAUAAAAAAAACAUGUAUGCACUCACUAACUGUAAGUCGCUCUGGAUAAGAGCGUCUGCUAAAUGACUAAGAAAAAAUAAAAAAUAAAAAUCCCAGAGGAGUGAUGAGGAAAUGGGAUACAUGAUGAGAUGAGACCUUUUUCUGGUAUAACUCAUUGACAGAAAACAGGCUUGAAAUUGUUUUGGUUUUGGAUUUUCUCCUGGCAUGUCAAUGGCUCUUAAUAAGUAAAUGUCAAAAUAAGGGUUGGGGCCAAGCUUCCUCUUGGAGAAAUGGGUAUGCAGGCUUUUGCUCCAACGCUGUUGUAGCACACCUGAUUCAGCUUAUCAGCUAAUCAAGGUCCUUGUAAGCAGUAGAAUCAGGUGGGUUAGAUUAGGGUUUGGGAAGAGCCUGCAGGGGGGUAGCUCCCCAGGAGGGGACUUCCUAAAAUACGCCACUUUGAUACAAGUGACUUUUAAGUAGCAGGUUAGGAGAGCAUUUUCGCUAGCCCCUAACCCUUUUCCUAACCUUAACCUAAUUUUCCUAACCUGCUACGUUACUUCUCCUAACCUGCUGUGUAAGAUCUCCUAACCUGCUGUGUAAGAUCUCCUUACCUGCAACGUAAAAGUCGUAGCUGUAUCGAAGUUGGAAUCUCCCCCAGGAGGAUGAUUUUUGCUGCACCCCAGAGUGUUAUGGGUAGUGAUAGAAACAGUUGUCAUUCAUAUUGACAUUUACAGAUACCUCCUUAUUGAUCCAUAUAUUACACUGCCAACUAUACCCACUUUACAGACUUCUCCUUAGUGUUUGCCUUCUAUAAAACGUACCUCUCCAAUUUUGGCUAAUCAGGUCAAGAAGAGUGUCAUUCAAGCAGUGCAUUUACUUUGGCAGUUUCUCAUCUAUCUUAUUGUGUCGCUCUUUGGGACCCCUUGAAUACCUCACGGCCACCCUUUAAUAUCUGACACUACACCAUGUGUACAUGACCCCUGACCCUUAACCCCCUUUAACCCCGUAGAGGCCAAGAGACUCCCCUGCAGGUGGCUUCUGCCAACUACACAUGGUUAUACAUGCAUUCAGGGGAGUCCUGUUUCAUAGAGUUGGGAUGUGUGUGUGUGUGUGUGUGUGUGUGUGUGUGUGUGUGUGUGUGUGUGUGUGUGACUGUGUUGUGCACACUCGUGUGUUUAACUCUGCUUAGUUCCCCAUUCUCUCUCCAAAGGGGCUAUUUAUAGGUAUGUCAUAUGGGUGGCAAUGCCUCUGGUAUGUGUAUUAGGACUGUGGGGUUUCGUGAGUCAAUCACCAGUGCUUUUACCAGACAUAGCUGACCUUGUCACAGUAGAACCCCCCUUAGCUGAGCACGACGAUUCUGUAAAACACAAAGGCUCAUGGGAUGCCCGCAUGACAGGCGGAGCAGUACUGUCCAUCUGAUGAUAUGUUGUUACAAGCCUGACAUAGGUAUGGCAUGACCAGUAAAACUCAAGAGAUGAGAUGACAUAAAAGGUUUAUCUGUUAAUUUAGGAGGAAAAACAAAAAAAAGCUUCAUAAUCAUAAAGUUGAGCAGGACAAUGACUGUAUUGGUUUUAGAUUGAUGUUGUAGUUCUUGUCGGGCAUUCCUGGGUUAUUGGCAGCGGUAAUAUAAUACUGAUCCUCUAAAGCCCAGAGAAUGUAAGAGCGAAAUUGGAGUAAAUAUUGUUUGUUGAAGGGCCGCCUCGUUUUAUUGUCUGUACAGAAUGGCUGUAUGGCUGUGUUGGACAGUUGAGAACAUCUACUGAACUGGUAAGUCAUCUGUCUCUCUCAGCCUCUCCAAGGCUAGCAUCCUUGAGGGUGGAGGGAAUGUAUACAGAAUUCCAAAAUGAAAAAUUAUUCUACAGAAUAGAUUAAUUAAGGAAUGGAUUGUUCUCCACUUUAGCCCACUUUACAAAUAUAAAAACAUCGGUCAUACUUCAGUUUUGCGGUGAACCAUCCUUUUAAAUGACACAUGGCCAUGAAGGAUAUGAAUUAAAUAAUGAUUUAAAGAUGGAGAGUGUUGAGGGUUCUACUAUCCCCAAGGCUGACAUUCGUCAUCCUGGAACUUUCUCUACCCAGACUUUACUCUGUGUUUAUGCAUGACUGUCUUAUUGACUCUGGUGUUGUCACCUCACCUCAGACACCACGAUACACCGGAAACAGUCCACAGAGUCCCGGUGCAAAUAGUUAGUUCAAAAGUAGAACCAUUAUUUUUCCAGGUGCAUAGAAUGGAAUGGACACCGGCUGGAAUGCGGUUUUAACCAAUCAGCAUUCAGGAUUAGACCCACCCAUUGUAUAGAAAAUAAAUAGAUCCUGUAUAUAAUCACACACUGUUGAAGACCGAAAAACCUGGUGGAAAAGUAUACGUGUGCGUUCAACAGUGUACAGGUGUCUUCUUUUUUUUUGUGCAACUAUUCAUCAUUUUCCCUACAUUUGGGACUGUUUGAUCAUGGAUGGGGUGAGUUACCUUUACAACAAUGUAUUGCACUGAGACAUAUUGAAAAUAAGUGCAAUCCGGCAUUAUAUAUAUGCAAAUGAGAUCCAUUAUCAUUAUCCUUAUGGAGGUAAAUUGGUCUCUACAUUCAGGAAAAGAUCAGUGUCAGAGGCUCACAUUUUUGUUGUUGGCCUCUCACAGUAAAUUGAGAUGUUACAGCUUGGCAAACAUGAGCCUUUGAAGUAAAUACGGGGUUUUCUCUCGCUCUUUUUUCCCCGCUCCUCUCAUCCUGUGCCUUUGUAUCCGUUCAGAUGUGGUUUGUGAAGGUUGAUUGCGGAGGAUUCCUUCUCCUCAGUACAGAGUUGUCGCCAGACAAUUGUGGUUUCGAUUACAGGCUCCAUCUUUAGAGUCGCCUCUUCACUGUUGACGUUGAGACUGGUGUUUUGCUGGUACUAUUUAAUGAAGCUGCCAGUUGAGGACCUGUGAGGCAUUUGUUUCUCAAACUAGACACUCUAAUGUAUUUGUCCUCUUGCUCAGUUGUGCACCGGGGCCUUCCACUCUUUCUAUUCUGGUUAGAGCUAGUUUGCGCUGUUCUGUGAAGAGAGUAGUACACAGCUUUGUAUGAGAUCUUCAGUUUCUUGGCAAUUUCUCGCAUGGAAUAGCCUUCAUUUCUCAGAACAAGAAUAGACUGACGAGUUUCAGAAGAAAGUUAUUUGUUUCUGGCCAUUUUGAGCCUGUAAUCGAACCCACAUUUGCUGAUGCUCCAGAUACUCAACUAGUCUCAAGAAGGCCAGUUGUAUUGCUUCUUUAAUCAGCACAACAGUUUUCUGACUUGCUAACAUAAUUGCAAAAGGGUUUUCUAAUGAUCAAUUAGCCUUUUUUAAAUGAUAAACUUGGAUUAGCAAACACAACGUGCCAUUGGAACACAGGACUGAUGGUUGCUGAUAAUGGGCCUCUGUACGCCGAUGUAGAUAUUCCAUAAAAAAUCAGCCGUUUCCAGCUACAACAGCCAUUUACAAUAUUAACAAUGUCUACAUUGUAUUUCUGAUCAAUUUGAUGUUAUUUUAAUGGACAAAAAAAUGAUUUUCUUUAGAAAACAAGGACAUUUCUAAGUGACCCCAAACUUUUGAACGGUAGUGUAUGUUUUCAUCUAACAUGGCUCUGAUUGGUUGUUUUCCUCAGGUAAAGGAUGACACCAGCCUUUCAGAGGGCAGUACAGUGGAUCUGAGGAAGCCAGGGGAGGAAGAGGAUGAGUAUUCGGAGAUGGCCGAAGAGACCAUGGAUCCUGACAACUGCUUCCCUGAUGGUAAGCUUAUUCGACUUGUCCUUUAUUCAACAAGGUGAGUCCCGCUUGAGAUUGGUAAGGAGGCGUGGUUUCGUAUUCCACUUCUGACACCAUGUGUCAAUAUGGAGAGGGGAUACCAUUAUGUUUUCGUCAGAACAUCUUUGCUAAAAUAAAACUGGUACAGAGCAUUAUGGGUACUGCAGUAAUUCAUACUAAAGUACAUCAUGCCAUACUGUACAGUAGCAGAGAUACUAAUCUCUUUUUCAAGGGAGUGCUGGCGCCAAGAGGUAGCAGCAUAAACAGUCAUACGACUUAAUAUACUAUAUACAUGCACUAUUAAUACAGUAUACUGCUAAUGGUACACUAGUAAAAAGACAGGUAAAAGACGUAAAAGACAGGUAAAAGACAUGUAAAAGACAUGUAAAAGACAGGUAAACGACAGGUAAAAGACAUGUAAAAGACAUGUAAAACAUUUACGUCAUUUAGCAGACGCCCUUAUCCAGAGCGACUUACAGUUAGUGAGUGCAUACAUUAUUUUUUGUAUUUUUCAUACUGGCCCCCCGUGGGAAUCAAACCCACAACCCUGGCGUUGCAAACGCCAUGCUCUACCAACUGCUCUACCAACUGAGCUACAUAUAAGACAUAUAAAAGACAUAUAAAAGACAUGUAAAAGUCAUAUAAAAGACAGGUAAAAGACAUGUAAAAGUCAUGUAAAAGUCAUAUAAAAGACAUGUAAAAGACAUGUAAAAGUCAUAUAAAAGACAUGUAAAAGACAUGUAAAAGUCAUAUAAAAGACAUGUAAAAGACAUGUAAAAGUCAUAUAAAAGACAUGUAAAAGACAUGUAAAAGUCAUAUAAAAGACAAUUAAAAGACAUGUAAAAGUCAUAUAAAAGACAUGUAAAAGUCAUGUAAAAGACAUGUAAAAGACAGGUAAAAGACAUGUAAAAGACAUGUAAAAGACAUUUAAAAGACAUGUAAAAGUCAUUUAAAAGACAUGUAAAAGACAUAUAAAAGACAGGUAAAAGACAUGUAAAAGACAUGUAAAAGUCAUAUAAAAGACAUGUAAAAGACAUGUAAAAGUCAUUUAAAAGACAGGUAAAAGACAUGUAAAAGACAUGUAGAAGACAGGUAAACGACAUGUAAGCACAUUUAAGGAAUAUUAUUUAAUGUAACGUUAUCAUCAGCAUUAUUUUCUACUGUUUGGAAAUAAAAUAAGAUUUAAACUUCUAGUUCAUCCGUAUAUUGUAUGUGGAUAUAGAAACAGAACAGAAACAUGUCAAACACGUCAAUGAAUGUGUUUCCAUCAUACUUCAAAUGUGUUUAUUAGUAUGUCAUGAUGAUGGGGAUAACUUUGCAGUCCAACCUAAACAUUUGUAUAUUUUUAACAGCUUAUGGUAGUAUAG